AUGCGUUGGGCGGACGAUCAGCCUCAGUGGCCUCUUCACUGCCACCGUCGAGCACACAAGUCCGCUCCUCCGUUAACUACCCCGCCCCACCUUCGCCACCUCUACGCGGCCUCGCCACCCCAGGCGGCGCCCCUAGGCUCCGCGGCUGCAAAUCAGGCCCCUCCCUACCGCUCCGCUAGCGGUCGGGGCCCUCCGAGGGAGACGGCCCGGCCGAGCCGCGCAGACACCAUUCCCGCUGAAGGGGCGCCUCCGUCCGGCUCGCAGCAGCCGAGGGCGGAGGCGGGGGCGGGGCGGAGGGUGUCGCCCCCGUCUCGGCCCGGCCUGACUCCCCUGUUCCCACAGCCCGGGCCAAGACCAGCGAGUGCUCCGCCACCGCCGCCGUCGCGCUCUCCUCACUCCCUCUUCCACCGCUCCCGACCUGCAGCUGAAGAGCGGACGGGUAGUGGCACGACCAUUGGCUACGGCCCGCACUCACGUAAGCCGGCCCCGACCCGAACCUCGGGAUGUGACUGGCUGGCGCGGCGCCUCUUUUCCACGUCUGGUCCUGAUUGGCUCUCUCGCACCCCCUUACCAAGAGGAUCGCUCACCCUCCUCCAGGCUUCGGCCUCCCACCCCUUCAACCCCGUUUCCAUCCGGGCGGGAGGGGGACCGGAGAGGGCGCGGGUGCGACGCGAACUGCCAAUAGGAGGGCGGAGAGAGGGCCGGGAGGUGGGCUCUGCGGCCGGCCGGCCCGCGGGGAAAGUUCAGCCAAUGGGCGCGCACCCCACAUCCCGGGCUCAGGAGCGCCCCAGCCUGGCCGCUCGGGUUCCGGCGGGUCGCGCCCAGGGCUACGCCCCGGCUGCUGGUCGCUUGGGAGGGGCGCCCACUGGAAAGGUGGGGAGGAUGCGGCGAGGCCGGCGGGGAGACAGUGGGCAGCCAUUGUGGCGUGCUCCCUCACUGUCUACGUGA